AUGAAAAGAGUUAAUAAGCCUAACGGUGAAGAAGCUGCUAACUUUGUAACAACUGAUAGAACAGGUGUUGCUGAAUUAGAAAAUACAGAUAAUGCAGAUCUGACUAAAAGAGAUAUACUUGUAACAGGAGACUCAGUUAUUAGAGGAACUGAUACUUACAUUUGUAGAGAAGAUGAUGGACAUCAAAUAGUAUUAUGCUUGCGAGGAGUGAAAGUACAGGAUGUGAUGAAGGCCUUAGAAUGCUUUAAUGGGGGACAAGCCCACACCCUUUGCUACUUAAAUAUACCAACUCUGAGACUGCACAACAGCAAGGAGAAUGGGAAAUAUACCAUUCCACGCUCACCCAGUAUUGUUGCAGGGUUUCUGGUACGGACUCUGGACUUCAUUCAGCCUCCUGACAAUAUCACAGUAUGCCAAGGAGAUAAUGCUACCCUCAGCUGCCUUAUUGAUAGCGAAGUAACACGAGUAGCCUGGUUAAAUCGCUCCAAUAUCCUUUACGCUGGAAAAGAUAAGUGGUCCAUUGAUCAAAGAGUCCAUCUCCUGACAAAUAGCAAGUCAGAGUACAGUAUAAUGAUCAGACAAGUCGACGUGUAUGAUGAGGGGUUGUAUGUAUGCUCAUACCAGACACAAGAUCGUCCCCACACGGCUCAAGUAUACUUAAUUGUGCAAGUGCCAGCAAAGAUUGUCAAUAUUUCAUCUAAUUUAUCUGUGAAUGAAGGAAAUAAUGUGAACGUACUGUGUGUGGCUAUUGGAAGACCAGAACCAACUGUAUCCUGGAGGCAUAUCAAAGGAGGCUACACUAAUGAAGGUGAAUAUCUGGAGAUUACUGACAUCAAUCGACAGCAAGCAGGAGAAUAUGAAUGUAUUGCAGCUAAUGGAGUCAUGUCAUCGGACAGCAAGAAAGUGCAAAUCACAGUAAACUAUCCUCCCACAAUCACCGAUGCAACGAAUGCACACGUAGCUCUUGGAAAAACAGCCCUCCUACGAUGUGAUGCCUUGGCAGUCCCCACAGCAGAAUUUGAUUGGUACAAAGAGGAUAGAAGAAUGAGUUCAGAUUUUGGGCUGCGAAUUCAGAAUGAGAAAACCAGAUCUGUGUUAGUGUUCUCCAAUGUCACCCAACGGCAUUAUGGAAAUUAUACCUGUGUGGCUUCUAACAAGCUGGGGACAGUUAAUGUCAGUAUGUUACUCCUCAGACCAGGCUCUCUUCAGAAUGGAAGCAUCACAGGAAUCGAAACCCCUUUUCUUCUCUGGCUGCUGUCCUUAACAUUCAUCACACUAUUGUUUAAGAUUUAAGUCAUCUCUUGGAAAAAUAACAGGAAAUGAGGGAGAAAGACCGAAGGAGAGAAAAACAAGGAAUAAACAGAAAGGAGAAGAUCUUGUCUAAGGAACCCAUCACUGUGAAGGAAAUAUUAUGCAUUUUUGAGAGCCAUUGUCCCUCAUUUCAUCCUGCACUUUGGAUCCUUGAUGUGUCAAGAACCAAGUUGAUUAAUCUUCACCAACAAAAAGGCUACUGCUGAAUUAUAGUGGGGUCUUUGGACAAAAUAUACUGUCUUCACAAGUAUCUCUUUUCUCAGCACACACUAUAUGCAUCUGUAUAUGAUUCUGUCAAAUGGUCCCUUCCCCUUUCUCAUUCUUAAAUGGCCUCAGGCUGUCACAGGAAAAAAAUGGUCAUCAUUAUUGUCUCUGCAAGGCUAAGGAUUUCGUAUUGGUUUUAAUACAAAUAUGUGCAUGGAUAAGCCUUUUGGUUGACAUAGACAGAGUGUUUCACAUGGGCUGGUAACAGAAGUGCAAGCAGAAAACCUGCCUGACAUAAAACAAAAUCAUCACACCCAUUGGCUUAUGUGGUGUUGGCCAGCUACAGUUUUGGGGUAUUUGGUUACCACCGUUAUAGUGUGUUUCCAAGUGUAAUAUUGUUGUAUGAUUUGCAUGGGUGCUGCUGUGAAGGUGUUGCAUUGAAAAAGCAGGCAGAAAGGGGAGCCCAUGGGUCUGUAAAAGCCAGCAUCUGGGGCCCCUUUGCAGUAUUUAUGCAAUACAAGAUGGGGGCUCAGAAAUUUCCUCAUCUGUUGCCCCCUCUGUACUUGACUGUGAAAAAUGCUCAUCAUAACUCUAUAGUUACAGAAUGUUUGGGUUCUCUGGUUCCACUAAAAUCUGUGCUUUGCUUUUCUGUGUAUAUUAUUUCAGCAUUUAAACUAUGAUUUGUGCAUAUUGAGAAAGUAGAUCCUGGGAUGUAUUGACAACUGUAUUUCAAAUGGGUAAUGUAACACAGUCAUUUAGGAAAGAAUGACCAUGAGUCUUUGAGCCACUUUGAUCUACAGAAGCCAUUCAGUGCUGUUUCUACUUUUCUUCCAUUGUACAGAUUAUUUGUACUAUUGCUCACCUGUGUAUUUGCAUACACAGGAACAGAACAUAUACUUUCUAGGGUUUUAGAAUACAGUAUAUGUGUUGUGUUUAACUCUCAGAUUUCCAUUUUAUGUUGGUUUUGCUACUUAACUUGGUCUACUUUUAAAAUAAUACCCAGAAACAGUCUGUGAAACUUAGAUAGUCAUUUAUACAAAAAGUUAUUUGUAGUACCAUGGUAGCAAAAUCAUAACUAUUUUGACUUCUGGUAUGGCAAAAUGGCUUUUAAGAUUCAGAAUGGUGCUGUACACCAGCUAAUUUUGACAUAGAGGAAAUAGCAAAGAGAGAAAUCACAUGGCUUUGCCAAGGCCCCAUUCAGUCAUUGUGGUUGAGCUAUUAUUAUCUUAGGAUCCUAGGAAUACAUUUGUAUGUUUUCCUCAGUCAAACUACACUUAGAGUGUACUGACUUGCAAUAUCUAAUGUAAGACUUAUAGAAUCUAUGAUUCCCAAGUGAAAAUAUUCUGUUUGAUGUUAAAAA